GGCUCAAGGAGUCUGAACAAGUAGCCACUCGUCGUUGGGACAUCGCCGGUGUUUUCUCAGCGGAAAAACACCACGGUGUCGUGCAGCGCAUGCCAUUCUUUCAAUCCUGGGAAGAUUCAGUUCAUGGAAGUUCGUGAGUUCGAUGACGAUCCGUGUUGCAUGGUGUGGCCGGCGGCCCGGGUCCUUUUCAAGUGGCUCACCUCGAAUGAACUUGUGCCCACGGGGGGAGGACAGAUCUUGGAACUGGGGGCCGGGACGGGUUUUUUAGCCCUGUGCUUGGCAGAGCACGUGGAUAAGGUGGUGGCCGUUGAGGGUGCUGAGCAGGGCUUCGUGAACCUCCAACACAACGUUGAGAAGAGUGGACUUGGAAAUGUGACUUGUGUGAAGUGGGAUUGGGAGGAGCAGACCGAAAUACCGUCAGAGGUUCCAGACCACUUGGAUAUGAUCUUGGGUUCCGAUAUCGUAUACCCACGAUAUUACAACUGCGAGGCUUUAUGCCGAACUGUUGUUGCGUUGUUGACACGGCCGCGUGGGAAACCGGUUCCCGUGUUCUUUGCACUCUGUGACCGCAUGGCUUGCGAGAAUGGAGAUGUUGGAAGCAGUCUUGACGCAUUCUUCGAUGCAUGCAGCGCCUGCUCCCUGGAGGUGCUCGAAAUUGACAUCGCUCGGGAACUCUUUGUCGCGGCCGAGGUGCAGUUGAACGAAGAUGGUAGCCAUGAUGAUCCUGGCGGGGCGCGUGGAACUCGGAGCUCGAUACGUCUAUUUCGCCUCAGCCUGUCAUAGCUCUCCGGACAGGCCAGUGGAAUGGUAUUGGACCACUUUUUGUUCAGACAGGCGUCAGCUGCGCGGCCAAGAAGGGAGGCGCUUCGGGGGGGGGCAUGACGAAUCACACGUCCGAAGGGCGCGACCUCGGCGCCGCGGCGACGUGUGGACGUGGGCCACCAAAUGGAGCUGUGGCACCAGACCUGAUCCAGACCUGUUCAGGGACAGACCUGUUCAGCGUCAGCGUGGGGGGUGCCGGAACGCGCCGCGCACCGUUCCGUGGCGG